CGCGCCCUAGGGAUAGCACACCCCCCUCUACAGUAGAUGACCUACCUGCCGAGCCUAAUAGACCCACACACACCCGCACUAGAAGCAACUUCUCGCCUUUUAUUGGCUCAACACUAAGGAAUCCUUUCGCUAGCCAAAACAAAACACCUAGGGCUACGACAGUAGAAGAGGCCCUCGAGAUAGCUAGAAACCUAGUAGUCCAAGCAGCUAGUCUAGCUGAAAGCAACCCCUCACAGCAGACUAGCCUGCUCGACCUAGUAGAAGUCUUUAGAGACUACACUGAGACAGGCCGAGUUAAUAAGAAGAACGCAGCAAUUCUAGGAGAUCAGAUCUCCUCGCUUUCAAACGUCUCUAAGGAGCUAAGAGACAAGGUUCGCCGCCUCGACAAACCUACCCCUGCACAACCAAACCAGCAGGGUAAUAGACAGACAGCUGCUCCUACGCAGCCUAUAUCGUACGCCGCAGCUGCAACAGCAAAUAAGGAGCAACAGUGGACUACUGUGCAGAAGAAGGCACCUCAAAAGGCUAAGCCUAGCCUAAAGGAGAGGCAGCUAGUCCUAGUCAACCAAGGAGGCCCUGCUGCCUUUGACGCCCUCAGGCUAAGAAAUGCCUUCAACCAAGCCUUCACCUUAAAAGGAGGGGUGCAAUCGCCUGUAGUCGCCUCAGUCACGCUAUCCUCAAAAGGGAAUAAGGUAGUCACUACUACACCUGCCUUUACAGCCAACUACCUGCUAGAAAACCAGAGUAUCUGGAAGGAUCUAGUAGCCUUCAAGGUAGCUCAGCCCAUUACCUCGUGGUUCAAAGUAGUCGUCCAUAGACUACCUACUAACCACGGCCUAGAGGUAAUCAAGGAGGAGAUUGAGACCUUUAACAAAGGCCUCAAAGUAGUAGGCACCCCUUUCUGGCUCACUCCUGAGGCUAAGAGAGGACAGCAGAGCUAUGGCUCCGCCUGCGUCGCCUUCGCAACUGAAGAGGAGGCUCUAAAGGCUAUUAGAGGAAAGCUCUAUAUUCUCGGAGAGAGCCUGAGAGCAGAGAAGCUACGAGUUAUUAACAACUUAAAGCAGUGCUCUAAAUGCCAAGGUUUUGGCCACCUUGAGACUAGAUGUAGUAGAGUAGCCUGUCAGAUUUGCAGUGAGGCUCACCACACUAGCCUACAUAAAUGCAACUCCUGCCCUA